GAUCCCCUGCAUCUCCAAAAUCAAUGAACUUUUUUCUUAAUAGAAGUUUCAGUUUCGAACCAACUGGAAUCUAUUUUGCCAAAUCGAGGGCUACCUGACUGGGAUAGACUCUCUAAGUUUGAGAAGAAUGAUUGUUCAGAAUAUCCUGCGUUCUGGUUGCAGCUUCAGGUCAUUUGUGUUCUUCCCAAGGCCAACAUCCCUCACUUCUUAUUAUUAUAUAAAGUAUCCUCCUCCUAUUCAUAUACAAAACCUACAAAUCCCUUCUUUUUCUUCUCUUAAACCCACUCCUCCCUCAGCUAUAGGUGUUCGCUUCGUAUCCACCUCCAAGUCCACUUCAAGUCAAGACCACCGCCACCAACAUCCACUUAAUUAUGAAGAAGAAAUUGAAGAGGGAGAAACCACAGAUGGGUGGGAAGAGGAGGAUGAGGCAGAGCCUGAGGUUGGUGAUGGCGGGGAUGGGGGUGGAGUGGUGUUGCAAGGUGUCUCUUGGGGUGAACGGGCUCUGUCUAUUGCCCAUGAGGUCUUGUUGCAGUUUGGUAAUGACAUGAAUAUCUAUGCUUUCAAGACUACUCCUCGUGGAUAUGUCUAUGUGAGACUUGACAAAAUGUCGAACAAAUAUGGGUGUCCUAGCAUGGAGGAGCUUGAAACUUAUAGUCAGGAAUACAAGAAAAAGCUAGAUGAGGUUGGAGCUCAAGGAGAAAUACCUGAUGAUUUAGCCCUUGAGGUAUCAACUCCAGGUGCAGAGCGGAUUCUUAAAGUACCUGAUGAUUUGAGUCGUUUUAAGGACUCACCAGUGACUGUGUGCUAUGAAGAUGCGGAGUCUGAUUGCACAGAAAAGGAUGGAGUCUUCCUGCUGGAGAACAUAGAAAUGGAUUCAGAGAGUUGCAUAUGGAAGUUGGCAGAUGUGAAGGAAAACAGGGAUCCUCUAAGUAAAGGUAGACCACUAAGCCGUAAACAGAAGGAUUGGAGAAUAAAGUUGCCUUUUGUGAAGCAUAAAAAAGUGACUCUGUACCUUGAAUACUAAAGAAUCAUAUGGAUGAGUUUGUAUUGUAUGAACUGUGCUCGUUUUAAUUGAAAAGGUUGAGUAUGAAAGGUAGGUCUUUAGUGGCAUUACCAUUUUCAUUCCUACAAA